AUGGCUCCAACGAUCCUCAUUGUCGGUGCAACCGGGAACACUGGCCGCAGCCUGACCGAAACUCUACCCGGGUUGCUACAGAAGAGCAACGCACUGUCCAACCACCGAGUAAUCGGUCUGACGCGGUCUUUGGACUCUGCCGCUGCAAAGCAGCUCUCAAAAAUCCCUGGCGUUGAGAUGGUAGAGAAGAAUUGGGUAGACAUCACCGCCGAUUGGCUCAGAGAACACCAGGUCGUCAGGGCCUACAUCGCAUCACACAACAAUCCAAAUCAAUUUGCUGAGGAGAGCACCUUCUACGUGAACGCCCUUGAAGCCGGAGUGGAGUAUGUUGUUCGGAUCUCAACGACUGCCGCAAAUGUUCGCCCAGACUGCAAGGCGUACUAUUCCCGCUCCCAUUGGGCGAUCGAGGCUCUGCUAGGCUCACCCGAAUUUGGAGCUAUGAAGUGGACUUCACUUCAGGCCAAUCAAUUUCUCCAAUUUGCCCUCGCCCCUGCGGUUGAAUACAUUCGGAACUACCGCAAGUCUGGUGAGCAGGGGAGAUUGAGCCUCAUUCUAUCAAAGGACGCUCCCGUGGGUCUUAUUGAUGGCAACGAAGUUGGAGUUUUCGCUGCUCAUCUCUUGGCCGCAGAAGAUCCUGCUGUUCACAACAAAAAGAAAUAUGUCCUUAAUGGACCCGAAGACUGUACCGGGGCGAAGAUUGUGGAGAUGGUCGAGCAGCAUACCGGUGUCAAGGUCAAGGAUGUUGGCUAUAAGGAGAUGCUUGCAUUCAUCGAAUCCUACUACGAGCAAUGCUUUGCGAAGACGGGGGAAUCGAAGAAUGUCAUAAUGACUAUGAGUCAUGCCAAUGAGACAGGAUGGGAGGGAAAAUGUACAGCUUCCACCACCAGCAAGGAAGUGCUGGAGAUUGCCGCUCCCAAGCGUACACCAAGUGAUGUUUUGAAGGCCUUGUUGGUUCUCAACCCAGAAAGGCACAUCAUAGAGCAGAUGCUUCUAAUUACAUUGGUCCUAAAAUACUGCGCGUGUGACUUCAAUAGUUGCAGUGCACAACGUAUAGUACUAGACAUGUGUGAAGGUUGCCAUGUAGCGGGCAUCGGGGGAGAGGUCCUCUGCCGGAAGGCCGGAUACUUCGAUAUCCUGGAAUGCAGAGAAUCUUAUUGGUAG